AUGUACGACCCUACUCACGGACUCUUCAAAAUGCCCUCCAAGGAGCAGCGCAGGAUGGAGCGAAAUGACAUUCCCCUGAACCCCUUCAAACUGGCCAUGAUGCUUUCUCCUCUCCAGGCUGCCAUGUUCUUCUCCGGCUGGCUUGCAUGGACUGUGGAUGCAUGGGACUUUUUUGCUGUCUCCCUCUCCGUCAGCCAUCUUGAGAAGCAGUUCGACAGACCUGCUCACGACAUUACCACCGCUAUCACUCUUACCCUUCUCUUCCGAUCCGUCGGUGCGGCUAUCUUCGGUAUCAUUUCCGAUCGAUAUGGCCGAAAAUACCCUCUUGUCAUCAACUUGCUCGUCAUCGCUGCUCUUUCUCUCGGCUCUGGCUUCAUCAAGACGUACAAAGAGUUCCUUGCGGUGCGCAGUUUAUUCGGACUUUCGAUGGGAUCUAUUUGGGGUUUGGCAACGGCCGUAGCUUUGGAGGACAUGCCCGCGGCUCCUCGAGGACUUUUCUCCGGUAUCCUCCAACAAGGUUAUGCGGUAGGAUACCUUUUGGCUGCUUCCGUCAACCUAACUUGGGUUGAGAGAAGCAACAACUGGCGAAUCCUAUUCUUCCUCGGUGCUGGACUUUCUGCCUUUGCGGCUCUUGUUCGUCUCCUUCUGCCCGAAUCGGAGCUUUUCUUGCGUCAGAAGGCUCAGCGAGAUGCCGAUGGUCAGAUGGCUCAUUCUAAGGCAAACGCCUUCAUCGCCGAGUUUAAGGAGAUGCUCAAGACUUACUGGCUGAGAUGCAUUUACGGUAUCCUCCUCAUGACCGGUUUCAACUUUCUCUCGCACUCGAGUCAGGAUCUUUACCCGACUAUGCUUCAGCAGUCCAAGUUGUUGACAGCCGAGCAGUCGUCCAAGGCUACGAUCAUCAGCAACUGUGGUGCUAUCUCGGGUGGUUUGAUCGCUGGCUACCUUUCGCAGUACCUUGGUCGACGUCUUACCAUUAUCCUCUUCGUGAUUAUCACUGGUGCGCUCAUUCCUGCUUGGAUCUUGCCCAACAGCUUUGGCGCUCUUUCUGCUGGUGCCUUCUUGUUGCAGUUCGGUGUUCAGGGUGCUUGGGGUGUUGUACCCAUCUACCUCUUUGAAAUCUCGCCUCCUUUUCGAGCGACCUACACAGGGCUCGUCUAUCAGCUCGGUAACGCGGCUUCCUCGGCCUCCUCGCAAAUCGAAGCUAUCGGUGGUGACAACCUUAAAGAACUUAACCCUAAAUGGCGUCCGGGAGCACCGGAAAGCAUCAAGGAGUUCAUUCCAGCUUAUGCUAAGGUUUCGGCGAUUCUGCUUGGUGCCGUUUGCGCCUAUCUGCUGAUCGUCGUUACUUUUGGUUGCGAGUUUAAGGGUGCCGAGUUUCAGAAGGCUUUGCCCGCUACCAUUCCGGGAGCGGGUGAGCAGGAUGGUGAUCACAUUGCAGCUACACCAAGCGAGAAGACGGGUGGGGGUGGCAAGGGGCAUGAUCAAGAGGACAGUAUCGAACAUGUUGGUGAUCAGAGGUUUGGUAGGAUCGCUUCGCAUGAUGAUGAGAAGAAGAUCUAA